AUGGAAGAUCUAGUCAAGAAGAAACGAGUGAGAGGAGGCCACAGAUCGUCAGCUAAAAAGCUUGUGGCGAAGAUAGUUGAAAAGCUUCAAAGUGCGAGCCCGGACAAAGACAUACUAUCGUUGCGGCAGAGCCAAACGAACUUGAAAGAAAAAAUCCAGACGAUAAGACAAUUCGACGAACAAAUAAUCGACAUAAUCAGCGCAUUGAAAGAAGAAAACGUCGAUGAACUUGUAACGCAAGAAAUUGAAGAAUCAGACAACGCGAUAGCGGAACUGGAAAGAGUAUUACUCGAGCUCGAUGAUGAAUUAUGUAAAUUGAGACAAAGCACGCCAUGUCAAUGUCAAUGUCGACAACGCAGAACGCCGCGGAUGCAAGCCUUAAUCAAAGUCGUUUGUCAAUCUCCAGCGAUAUGCCAGUCGGUAAAAUCGUUCGAGCUAAGCUCCCGAAAUUUGAACUCAGAAAGUUUAUUCGGGAAGAUUUGCGAAUGGCAGGAGUUUUGGGACGGCUUUUCAAGUCAAUUGAUAAAAUGAGCAAUUAUCUGAUGUAGAUAAAUUUGCGUAUUUACGCGGUCUAUUGGAAGAACCAGCAAAGUCAACAAUUGCUGGGUUUUCUCUGACAGAAGCAAAUUAUAAGUCAGCAGUAGAACUCUUAACGAAACGGUUUGAUAAAAAGAGCGCAUCCAACGAGCACACGUGAACGAACUGAUUCAAUUGUCGCCGGUAAAGAAAGGAAAGAGACACGCGAGGACUUCGAAAUUUGUACGAUAGCUGUGAAGCACAUAACCGCCCGUUGAAAGCACUGGGGGUGAGCGAGGAAUAUUACUCCAGUAUUGUUGUUCCAGCCAUCGUGGAGAAAUUACCGGAAUCAUUUCGUUUGACGAUUACCAGUGGGACAGACUUUUUUCAAUGGUCGAUGGAAGAAAUAUUGGAUGCAUUUGUAAAAUAAUUGGAACUGAGAGAAGCACAUAAUGCCGUGGGAACGACUGCAAUGGUAAAUAUGGAACGAGAUCAACAGCGUCAGCGAAAGAACCCUUAUACUGCUGCUGCACUCUAGGCGAAUGAGAAACGAAAAAACAGUAAAAACUGAGCUUUCUGCCUGAAACAACAUGCCCACGAAAGCUGUCCUUUUACUGAAUCGAAUAGUGGUAUUAUUUGAUAUUUGAUAUUUUGAUAUUUUAUUAAGAUAAACCGACAUUGUAACCGUAGGUUAAAUUGCAUCGGUCUUUACAAUAUAAAACUACAUUAUAUUUACAAUAAGAAUUAACUACUUGAUGUUUAUAGUAAAAAAUUUAAAAUACAAUCGAUCUAUUUACUAUUUUCUUUAGAGAUAGUUCGUGGUAAAAACGAGUUUUUAAAUCUGUUCGUUUUGCAUGAAAAGUUUUUAUAUUUACAUUUUGACCUCGUGUCAUAAUCUAACGAAGUUUUACAGAUCAGAUGUUCGUAAACUUUACUGUUACUUUCAUUCUUCGCAAAGAAUUGGUCACAUAGUUCAUCACGUCUUGUUUUGAGUAAUGGGAGGUCGGUCAGUUCACGUGCCUGCCUAUAGCUUAAUGAAGGCAAUAUGAUUCUUAGUGCGCGUUUUUGGAUUUUCUAAAUCUGAUCACUUAAAUAUUGUUGAAUAUUAAAAUGCCAAACUUGGCAGGCAUAUUCUAAAACAGGUCUUAUGAUGGAAGUGAAAACCGUGAGCAAUAUCUUCAAAUUGGCGUUCGAUCUUUUCAAAAUCCGAAGCAUGUACAGUCUUUUUCCGGCUUUCCUGACAAUUUGGUGUAUGUGGUCGUUCCAAUUCAUAUUAUUUUGAAAGGUAAUUCCGAGGAUGCGAGUUGAUUCUACACGUUUCACUGGUACGUCGUUGAUCAGUAGAGGCGUAAAGUUCCGUUUUUCUUUGGAAAAGUCAAUGACCAUUUCUUUACAUUUAUCUACGUUGAGCUUCAUAUUGUUUGCGAUAGUCCAGUUAUAAAUAUAGUCCACUAGGUCUUGGAGAUUACUGUUACAGUCGGGUGGGAUACUUUCGGUGACCGUACAGUCGUCGACAUAUUUCCAUUUAUCAGGCCAUUCAGUAAGUAGGUCGUUUACCAUGAUAAGAAAGAGAACAGGACCCAAAACUGUCCCUUGAGCUACUCCUCCAUUUACAUUGCGCCAAUCCGACAAACAGUUGUUCAGUUUUACUCGUUGUUUACGUCCUGUAAGAAAGCUUUGAAUCCAGUGUAUUAUUAUAGUUGAUGGUACGUUCAUAUCAGACAGUUUCUGCAAAAGGAUAGAAUGGUCAAUACUGUCGAAUGCCUUCGAGAAGUCAAGAAGGAAUACUCUUAUGGCACUCUUUGCCGCGUCUGUCUCGCUUAGCAGAUGAUGUACGAGACUUAUUAAGUUGUGGGUUGUUGAAGUGUUUUUAAGGGAACCAAACUGUCUUUCAUCUAUUUUUUCUUUGAUCGAAUCAAUCAACCAAUCGGCAACAAAACUUUCGCAAAUUUUUGAAAGUGUAGGAGUUAGCGAUAUAGGGCGUAAAUCGGUACUUAUAUCAACAGGUACUGUUACUUUUGGGAUUGGGAUAACGUCAGCUUCUUUCCACGAUGUAGGAAAAAUUGAGGAUAUGGGUAAAGUUAAGACGUGGGCGUACUCCUUGAGCACCCAAUUUGGUGUUUCGUCAGGGCCAGAUGAUUUUGAAGAGGAUAUAGUAAUUAAUUUUUUGUAUAUGUUUUCUUCACUGAUAAUAUACUCAGGGAGGGUAAGAUAUUGACUACUUUCGAUCUGGGUCUCAGUGGGGGGUUGUUUCAAGGGGGACAUUUCUUGAGUAGUUGCGGUAAAGGCAUCGUUUAUUUUAUUAGCUAGGACUUCUCCGUUGAUGAUCUCGUCGUCCCAAACUAGGGAGGAGAAAACGUUUUUAUUUGGGUAUCCUGCAAGUUGUUUAAUGCACUCCCACCACUUUUUAGGGUCAGGGUUCGAUUUCAGCUGGUCCAUCAUCUUUCGAAGGUAGUCAGACCUAAGUUUUGCACAUUGCCUAUGUGAAAGGUUACGAAGGUAGUGGUACUGUUCGAUUUUCCCGUCAUGGUAAGCUUUUUGCCUAUUUAGAAUAAUCUUCUUAAACUCAGGUGUUACCCAGGGUUUGUCUUUAUCAUGCAACCUCACUGUUUCUAAGGGGAAGAAAAGAUCUAAUCCUGUUUUUAAAACAUUUUGAAAAAUGGCUAAUUUCUGUUCGCAUGAUACUUCUCGGUACAGUGUUGUCCAAUUGAUGUCAGCUAGCCACUUCCCAAAAGCAGAUUUGUCGGUUGGAUUCCGUUUCCUUCUCUUCACUUUGGUGGUCAUAUUUUUAGCUUGGGAUUUCUUGAAAAUACGAAUCAGCGAAUUAUGAUCAUUUUGUCCUACGGGUGAAGUAACCAGUGGAGGAUCACUAAAGGUCGGCAUAUUUGUGAGAAUUAGGUCUAAAAUAACGUUAUUCCUAGUUGCUUCUCUAACAAUUUGUUUUAACGUGAAGUGCCUAAGUAAUUUGGACACUGGACAUCUAUUGAAGUCGCCAAGAAGGAAGAUCCUUGCGUUUGGAUAUUUUGCAAGGGCAAGGUCGAGGUUUGUCGUUAAGUGAUCGACUAAAGCUUUAUUAUCAUUUUGUGGUGGGUAAUAAACUAUGCAAACGAUGAGGCAUGAGUAACCACGAGGAAGUUUAUAGGGUCUUACGUAAAGCGAGAGGGUUUCGAAGCUGUCGUCUUGCAAUUCGGUUAAUAUCUUAAAGGGAGUAUGUAAAUUUAUAUAUGCACACACUCCUCCCCCGAUCUUAUUAACUCUAUCACGCCGCACUAAUACGUAGCCAUCAAUUUGGACCGCCCCAUCGUCAAUAUUAUGGUUUAGCCACGUUUCAGUAAUAAACGCAAAGUUAAUGUUAUUUAGCUUGAGAAUAGUUUCUAAGUGAUCUAUCUUUGGCACUAAUGAUCGGAAGUUCGAUAGGAAAAAGGUCAAUCGGUGUGUUUGAACUAAGUGUUUGUUACAGUUCUCAUUGCCUUUUGUAGUUGGAAUAAUGAUCAGGUUAGAUGGAUUACGAAGCCGCUUUUUUCUGUUACGGGGGUUAUGACCUCCAAUUUUUGGACGCGGAGGCAACCAGUCGUUCGUUAACACGUUAAUCGGUGUACGAGAUCGAGAUGGUUGAUCCAGUCUGGCUCUUUGCUUUGUAGUGGGUACCGGAACCACGGGAGGUGGGAGUGAUCUAGGCAUCGAUUGCUCGAACGGUCCUGUACUUAGAAGGUCUGUUUCGGAAACAUUUCCGAAAAUAAUUCGUUUUCUGUGGAUGUAGAUAGUGUAAUUGCACGCCGUUUAAAUGAUCAUGUGAGGAUAAAAAUGUCAGUUCGCUGGUUGUUCGAAACUUAUUAGGUUUCUUAUUAUUGCCUUUAUAGUGUGUAACAACAUUCGUUCGUGUUAUUAUUUUCAAUAACGUUGCGGUCUAGGUCAUAGCAUGCACUGAACUGAAGAUAUAAACAUACAGUACAAAGUUGUCAGCUUCUAGAAGUUGACAUGCGUGGGACUUGUCGAGAAAGAGUUAAAACACAUUGCAAUUCCAUUCACAAAUGUAUCUAAUCAUCUAGAAUAUUUUCUCUGAAAUGUUGUUUUAUUAUGCUUAGCAUAUGAUUUAUAACAAAAUGCACCAUUAAAUUAAUGUUUUGAAAACCUGAAAUUUCUUACAAAAUGUGCUCUCAGAAUGCUGCAAAUGACAUUUCAGGGAUCCAAAUUGUAAAAAUUUUCUGGGGAGCAUUCCCCCAUACCCUCCUAAAAAUCUUAUGCCUUCGGCACUCCCUAAUAUUUUGCAAAGUUUCUGCCACUGCAGUCAUGUAUUACAAAUUGUAGUAAAAAGCCAAGUAAAGUAUGCUGACUUAUAUAAUAUAAAUAUAUAAUAAAUAAAUAAUAAAAAUAUUUUUAUAAAUAUAAUAAUAUUUAUAUAAAUAUAAAUAUAUAAAUAUAAAAUAGUCUGAAAGAGACUAGCUUAGUUAGUUUGGCUUCCAUGUUAGUUACUGUACCCAAGUGUUAACCCACUAGAAAAAGAACUAGAUAAAUAUGAUGGAAAUGUACUACCAAUCAUUAGACAUUUUAUUAGAUAGUAAUUUAGGCUGGAAACCACAAGACUGGUGUGAUAUAAAAAAUCCUACACUAUGUUAAUAUCAGUCUACUGACUAACUCAUUGCAAUGCGAUAGCUGUCCUGACUGGAGGUGUAACUCACUUAUUCAUCUGUCGUUAGUUCGAAGAUCCUAGUACUCAACACAUAUAUCUGAUCUUUGCUAAAGAGCUGUGAAAUAUUGUAUGGGCUGUACAGUGUACAUGAAAGUUUUAUAUGAUUGUUUGUUUUACAGGUAGUCCAGGUUGAACAGAAAGAGUUUAAAAGUUUUAAACUAUCAGCUGAAGGUGAAGCAGUAGCUGAGAAUGGAAGUCAUGAAGCAGUUGUGUUUGCGCAUGUCCCUAAAGAUGAAGGAAUCACACAGAAAGAACUCAUGGUGGGUUUUACUGUACCUUACCACUGAACUUAUAACAAUGACAAAUUACUGAUUUUCAUUGAUUACGUUGAAACAACUAAAGAAACUUGUUUUGGAACUGCUCGUAUACUGUAACACCCGAGCUUUGUAAUAGUGUGUAUGCAUGGUGUACUCGUAAACUAUUUUUCUUUCAUGCAAAUUACAGUAAAAAUACAAGAACCUUCCCACUUCCGCUUCUGUAACUUGUUUUGUAUUUCUGUAAUUUGUUCUAUUUUUCUGUAGCGAUUACCGCUUUAUCGGCAAAUAUCGCGGUAGAAUUCCCCUUUCUUUCCUUUAUAUACGUCAAUUUGUAGCAAAGGAUACACCUUUCGUUAGAUUCUUUGCAUAAAAGUUGCAAAAUUUUGAUUUUAGUACGUCAAAUGAUAGUGCUGUGCAAACUCCGGUUUUUCAGCUCCGGCUCCGGCCGAAUUAUAGCUCUGAGCUCCGGCUCCGGCCACAUCAUAAAAUAUUAAAUAAAUAUUUUGCAAUCAGAGAACAUUAUUUUAUUAAUAUUAUUAUGAAUAACUCUUUUCGCGCUUCCAGCAUCUUUAAUCUUCAAAAUCUGUCUACAAACUCCUAAUUAUCAGAUAACAUAACUCCGGAAACAAAACAGUGAAAACCCUUAUCCACACAGAAAAUAUCUAUAUGAAAACCAGCCUUGACAGUGUUGCAAUUUUUAUAUAGCAUGACGUGAGGCAUGACGCUAACACUCUCAGACUCCACAGCGCAAUUGUUCGCACGCAAACAAAGUACUCUGUCAUUUUCAAAAGGUUGUUAUUUAUUUGUUUCGUACUUUUUCGUUAUCUACAAGGCAUGAAUACACAGGCUAUGUAGCGCUAAGUCAGAUGGCUUCAUGAAAGCAUGAUGUUUGUAAGUUGUGAUCAUAUUACAGCUUUUCGACGCUGUUCCUGUGGGCUGUGGCAGUUUGAGUCUAUGAUGAAUUCAUUAACAGCAAUUGGCAGUUUGUAGUAACUAACAAUCGUUUGACAUUUGUCUCAUUUCAAUUGUUUUCUUGUCAUUUUGCCGGAGCUGGGAAAACGUAACUCUGGUUCUGGGCUCCGGCAUACAAAAUUCUGCUCCGGCGUCGGAAAAACCGCCGGAGCUCCAGCAGAACUCCGGCAGCUCCGGCGCACAGCACUAUCAAAUGAUUGUAGUCGGUAAUUUUAUAUUUGUAUAGUAUGAACACACUAUGAGUGGUGGUUUAAAACCGAUUUAUGAGCAAAUAUCGCUAUAAGAUCUAUCUAUGUUUCGCAACUUUUAUGCAAAGCAGGGUCCCCACGGUCCUUGAAAAUCUUGGAAAGUCCCUGAAUUUGUUAAAAAAAUCCAGGCCUGGAAAGUCCUUGGAAACUGAUAAGGUCCUUGAAAGUCCUGGAAUUUUUUCAGUAGGCUGGAAAUAAUUGAAGAAUUAUUAUCAGCCCAAGGAUUAUUGCCCAAAUGUUUAUUUUCUCCAAUUUCAUUUUCUCCGAUGUCAUUUUUUUCCUAAUUGCAUUCCUCUCCUUAAGUUUAAGGAUAAAAGUUAGAUGAUUUUCAAAGAUUUUUCCAGUUGCCAGGUCCUUGAAUAUACUGAAAAAGGUCCUUGAAAGUCCUGGAAAAGUCCUUGAAUUUCAUCUUCACUAAAAGGUGGGGACCCUGGCAAAGAAUCUAACAAAAGGCAUUGCUACAAAUUGGCGUAUAUAAAGGAAGGAAAGUGAAAUUCUACCGGACCCUACCGCGAUAUUUGCCGAUAAAGCGGUAAUCGCUACAGAAAAAUGGAACAAAUUACAGAAAUACAAAACAAGUUACAGAAGCGGAAGUGGGAAGCGGGUUCUUGUAUUUUGACUGUAAUUCGAAAACGAUUUUGAUUGUUGUAUUCAUUAAAGGUAAUGUUACAAAUUAUGAGCACAGUACAAUUUUUGAUAAAGUCAAAAAGAAUAUUCUAAUCACUUUCUAGAGUUCAUGUCCUGGUGCUAAGAUUGGUUUUAAUAAAGCUAUGGCAAAAGGAUGGCUAUCUAUGGAUAAGAAAGCUGAAGGAGGGCCAAGGGUCAUGAGAAAGGUACUAUAUUUAGCACUUGUGAUGUACUAUGUACCUGGUCGUAUUAGUCGGAGCAGCGCAAAUGGAAAGAUUUGCAGUACCAAGUAUUUCGGAAAUCUGGCCACGUAUGGACCUCCUCCUAAUUUGACCCAAAUCUUCUGGUCAUGUUGUACCCGAUUUAAGAAUUUGGUCGAUUCGAUCGUGUUAAUGCAGAGUUCCCAUAGUAAAGAGCUGCAUUCAUCAACACGGCUGAUGUACAUAUGUAAGCUCAUGAUAAUGAAACUCACUUCGUUUCUGAUGGAGUGUAUAGGCUAACUUCAAAGAUAAGAGAAGAAACAAGCGUGGAAUUCAAAUGCGGUUUUUAACCUGCACACUCGGUGUUUUUAAACUUUAAGACAAUUAAGUUUAAAAUAUCUAAAUGAUAAAACAGAAACAAUAUGUUGUAAGCAUUGUCGUCACAUGUAAAGAUCUCACUAUCUGUGCUAAAACAUUCUGCACCUCGAAAACAAACUCUUCAUGUCCUUUCCCUCACACAUCGCCAUUUGAGUGAACAUUUAACAACAAUAAAAACACAAACGAUUAUUGAAUUACGGUCCUGCACAAGGUACACAAAAUCCUAGAACAAAGUUAUUUUGAAGUUUCCUAACCCAUUAGGUCUUAUUAUUUCUCCAAGGUUUGGCAAAAAAUAUAUAUGCGGGAUGACGGUUGCCCGGCCAACAUCACAAGCUAAAGCUCUUUGAUUGGCUGGCUAAAAUCCGAGCCAAUCAGACAGCUUUAGCUUGUGACGUCAGGCCGGUAGCCGUCAUCCCGCUUAGUCAAAAAUCUCGACAAAUUUGAUGAAUUUUCGCAAAAUUGACUCGUUUUAAUGUGGUGAGAGAACAAAAAAAUAUACAAUAUAGAAGUGUAAAAGUUAUGUCUGAUUAUAAUGAGUUUUUUUAAUGUAUACUGUACAUAAUGAUGCAACACUACGGUCACGACCUUUUUGAAAGACCCUAUGCUUAACCAUCUUAACUACCAUAUAAUAACGUAUAUCAUUCUCAGCCUGGAAUGCUAUUAUUCUGUUUAACACAUUCAGUAUCAUAAUGGUAAAUUUUGAUGAUUUUCUUUAGGUUCUAGAAAUUAUAGAUGAUGUAAAAUCGGAUCUCCAUAAAAUAAAGAAUGGAGGUUUAGAUGAUAUUAGUGAUACAUUACUUAAAGAUUACCAGAAACGAAAGCUUGUUGAGACAAUGUAAGGAUUGGUUUGUAACAAUCUGUUUGGAGUUAUACACUAGCUUGUUGUUUGUCUUGUCAUGUGCAAUGUUUCUGCCAUGUUCUAAGCAACAGUUAAAAUUUUGACUUUAAUUUUAGACUAACAAAGAAGUAUGUUGUAAAAAAAGGAGCAAACUUUAGUACAACAGCAAGUAAAUUAGCAGCAGAUUUGACAGCAGAUAUGUUGGCAAGGUAAUAUUAUUUUUCGUACUUUUCUACAAUUAACGUAUUGCCAUAACCGCAAACCAAGUGACGUCACAACUAGGUUCCAGUCUCAUUCUAACUGGCUGCCCAAAACGGUCAUGUGACUUCAACACUCAAACAUUCAAGGUUUUCUAAAAGCCAUGUUGUUACACCAGACAAUUUUUGCUGCAACUUACAAUGCAAUUUCGGAUACCAAGCCAUGUUAUCUAAGAAUUUGUUGCAAGGAAAUUAUGAGCAUGGUUCUGCCGACACUUUCUUGACAUAAUACUGUACACUUUUAUUCGAUGAAAAAUGAAAGAAAUGGAAUCAAAAUGUCAGUGCAGUAAACUGUCAACCAUUGUCACGAUAUCCCUGCAACUAAUGUACAUUUUGUGCGAUCAACCGCACAGCCCACCCCUGCCCUUUGUAAUAUUUACUGUAUUUCUUGUAAAUACUUGAACGCUAAUAAUUUUUUACGUAGAACUUCACCACUUUGUUUCGUUUAGCAAUGAGUGGAAGACAGCAAAAUUCAAAGAAUAUAAUUUCGAUGCUCAAGGAAUUCCCCCAUCAGGUGGCUACAUGCAUCCAUUAAUGAAAGUCCGAGCUCAGUUCAGACAAAUCUUUUUGGAAAUGGGGUAAGAAGAACUAAAACGUAAAGUAUACAGUGGACGAACAACUUUUGUCUUAGAGUAUAUAUUUAUGUUUCCGUAAAUCUUCUCAGCCGUUUCCAUCAAUAAUUUCCAAUCUUCUCAACUCCACAUUAUUUAUUUAUUUUCCAUUAUGCCAUACGUCCUUCAUACCAGUGGCGAAGUUAGCCAUAGCAACUGGCCAUGCUAUACAAAUUUAGUAUUCAAACCUUUAUAAAUGUACUAUUAAAACACGAGUAGGAGUGUUUUAUCAAAUAAAAAAUGCGAAACGCAGCCGAGCGUUUUAUGUCUGAUAAAACACGACAACGAGUGUUUUGAAUAACUUAAAAUACAUAUGAUGUUUGUGAUGUUACUCUGAGUAUAUAUCCACACCGGGCGAGCUUGAAAAAUAUGCCCGGCCACGGUGGGAAUCGAACCUACGACCUUUGGGAUACUAGCCCAAUGCUCUGCCAACUGAGCUACGCGGUCAAGACGGUUCGAGUAAGUGAUAUUUCGGAACAGAAUCCAGUUCCUUCGAUACCAAUGUAAUCUAGUAAUAUGAUUUAUUUUUUUUUAAAUUCAAAAAAACUUAAAAUACGACUACAAAAGAAUACUAAUUAGGGUGAACAAUUAUAUAAUCAUGCUAAUUAGGAUGAACAAAAAUAAGAUGAGUUUUAUCAGUCACUCCAGGUGACAUAUUAUGGCUGACAUGAUUUGCCACAAGGUUUAUCAAUUAUUAAUGAGUAUUUUAACUACAGUAAGUGUACAUGCUAUUAGCAUGGUAUGACCAUUUGCCAUGGCUAGCCCCGCCACUGCUUCAUACCCAUAUUCGUUUACCGAAAUGUCAUUAAAUUUGUCUUUCCUUGCCUGUCUUAUGGUGUAUGCCAACGUUUUAUUUACUUAUCAUGUUCAUUGCAGCCUAUUCUUCAGCAACUUGCAAUGUCUUUUGAUAUUGCAUUUACAACCCUCUUUACCUUCGGGGAAGUUUUGGAAUAUUUUUUUCACUUCGACCAAAGGUACAUACUUUGUACUCUGAAGUUUAUUGAAUCUUCUGAACGUUUUCAUCUUCUUUACAGCUUUACAGAGAUGCCUACAAACAAUUUUAUUGAAAGUUCGUUUUGGAAUUUUGAUUCGCUGUUUCAGCCACAGCAACAUCCAGCAAGAGAUGCACAUGAUACAUUCUUCAUAUCAAGUAAUUACACUGCUUUUCUCAAAAUUAAUAUAUUUUAGCGAAUAUUAUUUAGUAAUGUCAUAAUCUUUAUGGUAAUAUUGACUAACGGUUUAGUCUAAAACACUUAGGAAAAAAAAAUAAUACCUGGGUUUCCGGUUUCCCGACCCCACCUAAGUAUUGGCCACCUAAGUAAUCACCAAGCCUAAUCUUUUUAUUUGAGAUUUGCUAAGUGCUUGGAACAGUUGCUCGUUUUAACAAAUAUUUGUACCAUCUGUGCUGCCGUAGGCUAUCACUCUCAUGCAUGAGCAUUUGUAAAAAAUAAUACAAAAAAAGAAAAACCCCGACCUACCCUCCCUAGGUUUUCGCAAUAGGAAACCCAGGUAUUUUUUUAUUUGGCUUUAUUGUUUGUUGUUUGUUGCCUUCUAUUGUUAUAAACUCGACAAACCCCAGUUAACUAAAUUACGGUGCUUCAUGCAAUACAAACUUGAUAACUUGGAAAACUACUGUAGGACCAAAAUAUAAAAUCUGGGGCCCCAGUUGCAUGAUACCGGAUCUGCUUGUCACACUACAUAGAAUGUAACAGUUGCGAUUAUAUCAGAAAAUAAGACAAGAACUGUCAAGGGGGAAACGUUUGUGCGCAGAUAUUACAGUGUACUUCCGAAGGGCAUAUGUUUAUGUCGUAUCAAACGAAUCCGGUAUUGUGUAACUGGGGCCCUAAAGCUACACAUAAUGUAUAUUUCGUUUCCAAAUUUUUCAGGGACUUGUGCUUGCUAUAGCUAAAUAUAGUUACAUCUGGUUUUAUAAAGGAAACAAAAGGAAAGGAGACAGUGAUUCGUGAGAACAAAAUGGAUUUCUAUUCGAUUGCUAAUUCCAGGCAUUUUGCUCGCUAUCGAAUAAGCUGGGAAUCUGACAGUCCUGGUAUUUAGAAUGCCAAAAAAUACUGUGUGAAUUUUGAUUUCCUGUAUAGAUCCCAAAUACGCCAAACUGGAAGAUAUUCCAGCAGAGUAUAUUGAAGCUGUAAAGACUGUGCAUCAACAUGGAGGAUAUGGCUCACAGGGGUAUUUCAUUUCACAAUUUAUAAAUAUUUUUCUUAAAGUUGGCUUACGUUAUUCCCGAACAAAUGUAUCCUGAUUGUCGCAUUAUUGAUGGUUAAAUUAUUCUUUACAAACGUUUUCCGUAAUGAUAGUCACAUGUUCCAGUUGUUCAACUAUUCCGAUUGCAUAGAUGAAAUUAUGGUAAUUUUGCAUGUGAAAUCAUGCUUUACUUUCAAGGAAUGCAUGUGCAUUUCCACAUUUGAAAUGUUUCAUCUCCACACAUAAUUUCAUAUGUGAAAUAAUAUGCGAUUUACCUAAUGUGAGCACACCCACGCUAUGGGUAUACUACCAUUGUAUCUAUUCGCAUUUUGAUGGGCUCUGGGCUUACCCUAGGAUUUUUUUCCAAAUACCGUAUUUUCUUCGAGUCCAGAAGUGCUGAAAAAGAAUAAGCCCCACGCUCUUUUUAAACCCCAUCUUGUAUUAGUUAAAUUAGUCUCAAAUGUCUCAAUAUAGACUUAUAGUAACAUACAAGCACUGUAUAUAUGUCUUGUCUUCAGGAGCUCGACAUUUUUGGGUUGGAGUUAAUCUGCCUUCCGGCAGUACCAAACCACUUUCUAAGUAUCCUGAGUAUAAAGUAUAUAUCUAAUAUGCACUGUACGUUUUUAAAUGUACAGUGCAUAUAUCAACCUCGCAAGCCAGGGUCUUUGGUAAAAGACCCUGGCUUGCGAGGUUGUGCAUAUAUUAGAUACAUACUUUAUACUCAGGAUACUUAGACAGUUCUUUAAAAAGAACGUGAAAAUAUAUUAAGGCGCCAGUCAGUCAAACACUGGAAAAAAUAAAGUAAGCUUCCAGGGGCGAGGCGGGGCUAAAUACGGUAUGUCUACUAUUUUUGGAAGAAGUAGCUAUAUAAUUUGUGUCGGAAGGAUAAUAUAGGGAAGAACCUGGGAACACGGUUGGACUUUGUAGUCUUUUGUAUAACUUUACAACGGUAUGUUGUUUCCAUAGUUAUCAGUAUGAUUGGAAAUUAGAAGAAGCGAAGAAGAAUAUAUUAAGAACACACACUACUGCAGUUAGUUCUAGAAUGCUCUAUAAACUUGCUAAAACUGUGAGUAUACCUUCAUGAAGUAUUGCAUCAAGUCUGAUAAUAUGAUAUUAUACACGCGUAAAAGCGAACAACCUAUUCCUGGUUGGUAUCCACAGGCUUGAACAAGGUUGUCUGCACCCUCAGAAAGAACAAGUUGUCAACAAUAUUGUUACGGCAUUGUUCAGUUGUAACAACACUGCAACGACCUUAAAGGUGUUGAUAACUUGUUCUUGGAUGCAGCACAACCUUGUUCAAGCCUGUCGAUAUCAACCGGGAACAGAUUGUUCGUUUUUACGCGUGUACUGCAUGAGUUGGCUCUGCAUUCAACUAGAAUAAUAUCUUCACUCAUUACCUGAGUGAAAAGGAAGCCAAAGAUGGCGGGCACAGAACGUCAGUUUAAUCUGUUGCACAGUGUAAUUAGAGCAGACUGACUUCACCAUGUUUGACUUCAUUAUAGCGCUGCAGGUUUCACUUUAGAAAUGUACGGUCAGGUCUGGAAAAAGCCAUGACCACUGGCACUGUGACAGAACAAAACAUAUUCUGCCGAUAUUUCGGCGUGCGCUAACUAAACAAAACGUAAAUGCCGUGUGCUAUCACGCCAGUCUAAAGACAGUACCCUAAUUUAUUUACUAUAGUCUAUACAUUGCGUACGUCGUUAACUUGUGUGACUAAAAAUUAACUUGGCCAUCUUUGCCCUCCAAGCCCUUAUUAACUUUACACCUGCAAUUUGAUCUAUCCAUUCCCUCUCCCUUCACUUUAUUUUCUUUUAAUUGUUCCUAUCUUGUUCUGCCUUUUUUCUUUCUUUCACUCUAUUUUUUUCUGCGAACUUACAAAUUUUCUGGGACAGAUUGGUCUCGUGAUCAGAUACAUUUUCCAACCAUGAAUUUUACUAAGUAUCUUUUUCAUUGAAUGUUUCAAAGAAUGUUUUGCUUAUUUAUGUCAGAUAUACAGUACCACGUGUCCCCCAUAAAAACUAUACACUGUUUGAUUUUGCAGGGCGUUUCAAAAUCAAACCGUGUAUGGUUUUUGGGGGGACACCCGGUAUAUGGGCUUCUCUUGUCCUAAAUAUUUAAUUGUGGGAGUAUUAUAACUUUGUAGAAAAACAUCCCAGCAAGAUAUUUCUCAAUUGACCGAGUAUUCAGAAAUGAAACUCUCGAUGCGACGCAUUUGGCAGAAUUUCAUCAGAUCGAAGGUCUUGUCGCUGAUUACAACCUAACAUUGGGAGAUCUCAUUGGUGUUUUACAUGCAUUCUUUAAAAAACUUGGUGAGUAAUGUAUAUGUGUGCGCACUGAACUAUAUAACAUGGAAGGCUGACUCGAGCUCAAAAAGUGAAGGCAAACAUGGCGGAAAUUGAAGGCAUUCUUGCGCGUCAUUCUCAGUCCCCUUACGUGCGCGGUCAACAAAACUUUUAUAUUUUUCUUUACUUUCCGAGUAAAAAUCUGGUGAAAAACAGACGAAAUUUGAAUGAAAAGUUGAAUUCUGGUGUUUUGUUUGGGUUAGCGCGGGAUUGUUGUUUUUGUAAAUGACGAAGAGAUGACAAAACAAAAAACAAAUGUCACUCAAUCUUUCAAAAUAUCCCCCAUUUGUCCCCAUUGACAAGAGUUUCACACACAUAAAUAACUCAUUAAAAUAAACAGUUUAAGUUUAUAAGGCAAUCAUCAAAGUGAUGUUAUUAAAUAGAAAAUAAAACUGCAGUUAAAAAGCAGUUUUAGGUCAGGAAAACGGACUAAAAUAAGCUAAAUAAUGGUGUGAAAACUGAAAAGCACCAUAAAAACAAGAAAGCGAAACAACCAAAGGAAAAAUAAAUUUCCAAUUUAUAAAAAUAGAUUUAUUAAAAAAAAAAAAAAAAGUUUGAAAUUAGUUGUUGAAUUCGCAACGAAAAAUACAGAUUUACUCGCACAUAUACAGUGGGAAAAUGCAGUAGACAGAUCGAUUAGAUGAAGAAAAUCAGGUUUACAUGAAAUAAAUGAAGUUAAUUUCCUUUUUUGCUCUUUUAAAAUGAAGAAAAACACAACCCGAGAGUCGCGGACCCAUCACUUCCCGCCAUGAAAAUAUAAAAAAUGUUUGGCCGCGCGGGUAAGGAGACUGAGAAUGACGUGCAAGAAUGGCUUCAAAAUCCGCCAUCUUUAGCUUUACAUUUUGAUUACGUCACUGACUGAAGUCAGCCUUCCAUGUAUAUAGUUCACUGUGUGUGCGUGGCUUUUCACAAUCUUUGGAUUCAUCAUUUAUCAAACUUGAAAAAGGUGUGACUAAAGUGGUUGAACCAACCCACCCACCCCUCUUUCACUCCAAACCUUUGUCUCUUUGUUUUACGCAGAAACCACUGUUUCUAUGUUUAUACAGGAAUGCAUAAACUACGUUUUAAGCCAGCGUAUAAUCCAUAUACGGAGCCAAGUAUGGAAAUAUUUGGAUAUCACGAAGGUACCGUACAAUAAAAUAAUCAUCGUUAUUAUGUUUCCAGGGCUUGCAGGAUAGUGUACUACCUAAAACAGGGGUGCUAAAACUGUCACUCGGCAUUGUUACCAUUGUUGUAAAAUGACUUGUGCGGAGUUGUGCCUUUUAUUUUUCCAACCAGAGUUCAAUUCCUGUAGGAUGCGGUUGGCUGGUCACAAUUUCGCUCCAGUCGCACCAUAGGAGAAAAAUACUUCCAUUCCAGUUUCACUCAACUUACUGGAUCAACCUGUGAGAUAACAAUAGAUAAUCCAUGGCGCUAUCCAGUAUAAAUACAGUACAGUUAGUUUAUUAGUUUUGUAAAGUUCUUACAUUAAAAAAUCGAAAUCAAUCAAGUCACCUUUACUCGGUCGACUGACAUUAUGACGUGAUUAUAAAAUAGGUAUCGGCUAGAUUGUUGCAUGAAUAAUCGAUAAUCGGUAAUUUUCGAUUGUGAAAAAAUCGGUGAAUCACUACAGAAUUCUGUGAUUUGAUAAUUGAAAUUAGAAUAUAUCUCAUCUAGGUUUAGGAAAAUGGGUUGAGGUUGGAAAUUCAGGUGUAUUCAGGCCAGAAAUGUUGCUACCAAUGGGACUUCCAGAAAAUUUAUCUGUCAUCGCAUGGGGCUUAUCUCUUGAAAGGUACUGUGUAGCUUUGUUGAUCAUUUAUGGAGGAAGUUUUACAUUAUAGGAAACUUUUGGCAAUGGCUAAAGUUGAAGCAUAAUCGAGGGUUUUUCUCCGGAUUUUCCGGAGUUUUUCUCCGGGUUUUCCUCACUGAAAACUAACCCUCACACAUUAAUCGUAAACUAACCUGUUAAAACCUUGUAGAACCUGUUAUAGCCUGCUUGUAGCUUAGGGUGGGGGCUGCUGAGCAGGCUAAACCUGUUAAGGCUUUCCGUCCACCUUGGAGUAGUCAAUACAUUAAACCCUGAUUAAUAAACUAAAUAUUUCUCAGGCACUAUGCCAGGAUAUGCCACUGAACUAAGUUUUGUUAUGUUUUAUUUCAUUUCAGACCAACAAUGAUAAAGUACGGUAUAUCAAAUAUUCGAGAUCUCUUUGGACAUAAAGUUGAUCUAGAAAUGGUGAAAAGAAAUGCGAUAUGCAGACUGGACUCGUAAAUAUAGUACACGUAGAAGUAAAUUUUAUGUAAAUUUGAAAAUUUGAAAUGGAAAAAAAGUUUAAUGUGCGAAAGCUAGUAGUCUGGAAAUAUAAUAUCGUUUAGCCAUAGAUUAUAGAUCACACCAGAUGUCUCACUCAGCCAAAAUUGUGUCCGCGAUUUUUUAUGAGCACGAAUUGGCCGCCAUUUUGGCAGUAAGUGUAAUCCACGCCAUGAAACGUGAGCAAUCACGCAUUUUGGUAGUAAGCGCCAUUUUGGCAGUAAGUGUCGCACGCGUCAUCUGGCGUGAUAGCCUUGCGAAAAUCGCGGACACGAAAAUCAUAGAGAUAGAUACACUGUGAGACAUCUGGUAUGAUCUAUAAUCUAUGGUUUAGCCCCAUAGUUUGGAAGUAGUAGAUAAAUUCUCGCUUUGCAUUAGGGUGCGUGUGUCCCACGAACUUUUAUAAAAAGGUACUAAAAUCCCAACGGUUCUUUGUUUGGUCUUUUUGCCGGUGUUUAAAUUUCUUUAACAAUUAACUUUACGUAAUCACAUACGUAUUAAGAUUUCAGUAUUCCCGCAACUGUGCAAAUACUUGUCUGGGAAAGAAUUGUAUUUUAUAUUCUUCAAUUAAACACGUUUCCCACUAAUGUGGAAAAGAAUAAACCUUACCGAUUAUUCUCUUUUACCCAAUGGCCUCGUUUCCAUGUUAACUUAUUUUACAUGUCAGGGGCAGAUAAAGAUUAUAUUCCCAUGUUUUCCUGGACGAAUUUGUUUCUUGCUGUUUAUAGGCUCAAUAUAUAACAGUAACUUUCAACCCUACUAAGCACAAGUAUUUGACAUGAAAACGAGGCCAUUGGGUAAAAGAGAAUAAUCGGUAAGAUACUCUUCUUGUACAGUGUGUAUAAAAAACUGAACCCUUUCAAAUUCAAAUGAGCUAUAACGUAUUGUAGUAAUUUGACAGCUCUAAUCCCUCGUCAAAUUAAUAUGCGUAAAUUAAAACACAACUCACAAGUUCUAGUACACAUUGCCAUAGGAAAUUAAUAAUAACUUGACCGCUCAUAUGUACAAGGUGUUGCAAAC